AUGGAUACAAGUCGCCCGCUCGAAUGUCUUGCAUAUGCUUCCGAAAGAUCUACCCGCUUUACCAAACGAGACCAGGACAAACACAUUGUCUUUCUCGACGAUGUGAUCGCUGUUCAAAGCCAGCUCGAAUACACCAGCUUAAACAUUUCACAUCUUAUGGACCAUUACCGACUUAUUCGGCCACAAUAUCACGAGCACAACUCAAGUGCUGCGAGAGCUCUUGAGGUACUGGUGCAAGAAGCAAAGCUAAUGACAACCGCCGUCACUGGAGACAUUAUUGUCCCAGAUGUUCGCCUGCUACCUCUCCACCGAAUCUCCUACCCUGAGACCGCGAGGAAGGUGCUAGCCGCAAACCCCAAAAAGAAGCUCCAGAAACACGAAAUGGAGGACCUGUGGGACGGCAUUAUGUACCACGUCUUCGACUUUGAAGUUACGCUCUGGAAGCAAAAGAAAAACGAGCUUCUGUCGGAGACCGAGUACCGCAAACUUCAAGCGGGGGCGAAGACCUCGAGAAAGCGUAAGCGUGGGGAGAUCAGUGAGGCAUCUGGAGAUUCUGACGUCGAGGUCCAACCAGCGGCAACCAAGGCAGCUGCCCAGCCAUUGCAUCCACUAUCUGGAGAGGUGACGAGUGCGACCAGCCAAGGCGCGGUGACCCACCAUGACACUGUUGGACCACCUCCCGCCAGACCAGUUGCUCGACCCAUCAAUACACCUCAAUCGAAGAGCUCGAGGCAGUGGGCGCCUGGUGCCAUACCUAAAACUACACCGGCCUCAGGAGAAAGAGCCUUAUUACAGGCGGACAACGAGCCAUUGCUGGCGGGAUCUGGGGUGGGCACACGCGUGGUUACUGAAAACACGGCAGCACCACCUCGUGUGCAACCUUUCUAUCGGGCCCCAGCCAGAGCUCCUAUGAUAGGCUCGAACCAGAUUUCACAACCUCCUGCGGUGCAAGUCAAUCCGAGUCCAGCCAGAGGCAGAGGCCGUAAGAGAAGGGCAGGCAGCGGACACCGGCAGUCGGUAGUCGGGCAGAGGAGCCGUGUGGAUAGUGAGGCUACGUUGAUACCAAUUCCAACGCGAUUACCCAGACCGCCCACAGCUACGGCUUCUACGAUAGGCGCGACGCGGAGAAGGUCCCCUCCUCCAGAAAGGAUCCACAAUCCUUCGGCAGAAACUUUGCAGCAGUGGAGGGCACAACGUAUAGCGGACGUUGGACCAGCAAAAUUCAACGAGGAGUACAAUGCUGGGAUCUAUAUCCCUUCGCUCGAUUCUUGCCCAGCUCCAGAUAAGGCUACGAACAUGGCUCUGAAGAACGCUCCGAAGCCGAAGGCAACAUUCCUGAUUGGUGUCCAAUACACCCCUGACCAUUUUGAGCGGAUGGGCCACACGCUGCUCGACUUCACGAAGACAAUGGUGGGAAAAAAUGACAAUAAGAACAUCCCAGUUACCCGUCAAGAAGUCAAUAGUCACUGGGACAUGGAGGUGCACAAUAACCUCCCUCGGGAUCACCCGAUGCGUGCUCGUUUACACGAGCAGAAGACAUCACCAAUGGUCGAGGAGUUCUGGGAGAGGCGGGCAGAUGAGGGCGCGUUCAUGGCAAAACACGAUAAGCAAAGCCAGACAGGCUUUCAUAUUAUCAAACCCGCGCGUACCUCCACGGAACGCAACGAACACAAAUACGCAGUGAUCAUGACACACGAAGAGCACGUCUAUGUUAUUUUCCCCGACAUCAAGGCUCUACCUCUCCGUAAGCUCUCUUACCUCGACCUAGUGCCCAAGAUCUUGGCCGCAAAUCUAACCAAGGAUCUGACGACAAAGAGAGGCAUAUGGGCUGUUCUCCUGAAUAGAUGGCCAGUCACCAUUAAGACUCCAGUAUAA